AUGUCGUAUUCAGACGACGAGGCGAAUUCCAUCGCCAGCUAUGAAGACGUCGGACGUCGGCCGCAUUCUGAGGAGCCAGUCGUCAAGGGGCUCGGUACUGCUGACAAGUAUUUCUUGGAUGGUGGCGAGGUCCCCGAUGUUCUCUAUGUCGUCCAAUACCGUGGGGCUGGUGGCAAGGUUGUCAACACUCUCAAGAGUAACAAGCCCUUCGACUCCACCUCGCACCUUGCCGAGGAUGAAGUUCCUGGAGAGAAGAAGCCUGUCAUCGAGAUUGUCAACACUGUUUCCACCGUUCCUCCCCCUCCGAGACGAUACCACCAUGACGAGUACUACCCUGAUGAAGAUGAGACCUACUGGCAGGGGGGUUCCGCGACAAAUAUGGUCAUCCACUCCAAGCACCUCAGGAACGCCCUCGCCGCUGUUGUCGGCUAUUACCCUGGUGUCAACUUCAUUGGCGAUCGAGUUAGCAUCACGGCUCCGUAUCAGGUCCUGGUCCAUCAUAAGAAGGAGCUCGAGCUCUACAAGAUGAACCAGCCCAAGACCCACGACGCCGAGUGUGCGGCCACUACUGCGAAGCACAUCGACGUCCUGCUCUCCUUCUUGAAGACCACCCUCGGCGACCAGAUCGAGGAAGAGGAGCGUCGCUGGGCCAACAGCACUCCUACCGCUACAUUUGACCUGUUGUGGCUCCUCAUGAAGCCGGGCGAGGUCGUCUACAAGAAGGAAUACGGCCACUGGGUCCCCGUCGUGGUCAGCCGUGUCUACCCGAGACGCAGAGACAGCCAUAACAUCGAUGACUAUCUUGUUGAAUACUGGAAUGUCCAGUAUUUGGAUGGCCGUAUCCAGCGGCUGAUGGAGUCGUUGACUAUCCACCACUUCAAUGGGGAACAGUCCAUUCCCAAUCUUCCAGUGAUACCCGCCCGAUUCUUCCCAGGCGGGGCCAAGGCUGCCGCCGAGAAGCAGAUUGGGCUUGGGAAGAUCUAUUGGGAGCUAGCGAAGCGGCCCGAGUACAAGGAGUACGAUGGGCCAAUGGUCGGAUGUGAGGGAGACCCGACGGGCCAUCUCACUGCUCGAAUCAUCGUCGACCUCGGCGGUCAAUAUGGCAUCAGAAACCAAGAAUCGUAUCACCGCCGCCCUGAACCCGUUCGGCAUCGGAAGCGGCCCGGAGAGCCCCUCCCCCCUCCGAAGGAUCAGCUUCCGCAGUUUAAGCCUCACUGCCCGUGUGCCAGCUGCAGCAAGGCGAAGUCGCCAGCGGAGAGGGGCCCAUUCGCAGGCUUCGAAGAUCUGGACCCCAACAAGGACGAGGCGCCGGACAACGACCUCUUCUUCGAGACCAUGUCGGACACAGUCCAUGCUUUCAUCCUCAGCGAGAGACGCUGGGCCAUGGUGAAGGUGGAAAAUCUCAAGGAGGUCAAACCCGACCGAGAGGCGUUCAAGCACCUCGUCCUAGACGACGAGAUCAAACUGACGGUGAGAUCGCUCAUCGGCAAGUUCGCCAGCUCCGACGGCAAGGUGUCUCCGUGGCCGAACGACAUCGUCAAGAACAAGGGCGAAGGCCGCAUCUUCCUCCUCCACGGCUCGCCGGGCGUGGGCAAGACGUGCACGGCCGAGUGCGUCGCGGAGCUGACCAACCGGCCCCUCCUGUCGGUGACCAGCGGCGACCUCGGCACCAGCAUGUCGGCCAGCUCGGUGGAGCGCAACCUGGACUACUUCCUCCGGCUGGGCGAGCGGUAUGGGGCGCUCGUGCUGCUCGACGAGGCCGACGUGUACCUCGAGGAGAGGCGCACGCGGGACCUGCACCGCAACGGGUUGGUGUCGGUCUUCCUACGGGCGCUCGAGUACUACAAGGGGGUGCUCUUCCUGACGACGAAUCGGGUCGAGGCCUUUGACAGCGCCUUCACGUCGCGCAUCCACGUAGCGCUGCACUACCGCGAGCUGGGCGACGGCGACCGGCUGCGCGUGUGGGCCAACAACUUUGAGCGCCUCGAGCGCGACAGCGGCGGCCGGUGCUACGUGCCGCAGAGCGCCCGCGAGUUCGCCUACGCCAGCGACGAGGUCCGCCGCCUCGCCCUCAACGGCCGCGAGAUCCGCAACGCCCUGCAGACCGCCGUCGCCCUCGCCGAGACCGACGCCCUCGAGGGCGGCGUCGCCGCCGUCACCGUCACGGACCGGCACCUGCGCGCCGUCGUUAAGAUGAGCAGCGGCUUCAGGGAGUUCCUGCGGAAGCAGAAGGCGGGUGUGGGUGAGGCCGACGACGACGACGGCGAGGAGGAGGAGGAGGAGGACAGCGAGAGCGACGAUGAUGCCGUCUCCUCGUCGGACAUGGGUUUCUAA